CUGGCAACACAAUACCGCCAAGAGCUCCCAAGCCCAGUUAGCACAAGCACAGCGAACUGCCCGCUCGUACGUUUGAGUGCACGUCAUGUUCCGCCUGUUUAAAUAUAUAGUGUAUAGUGACUGUUUGUGUUAAAUAUAUAUAUUUAUUAUCAACGGUCCAGGUCCUGACAGCACGAUGUUUAGAAGCGAGGAAAUGGUGCUAUGCCAGCUGUUCGUUCAGCCAGAAGCAGCUUAUGUAUCCAUGUACGAGCUCGGUGAAGCAGGAAUAGCCCAGUUCAGAGACUUGAACCCUCACGUUAAUGAUUUCCAACGGCGUUAUGUGUCAGAGGUGAGGCGAUGCAGUGAAAUGGAGAGGAAGUUGCGUUGGGUGAGCGGUGAACUACCAGAACCGCCACCACCUCCGAAACAUUCACCAAGAGUAUUGACGCCGAGAGAAAUUAAUAUACUAGAGGAAAGGAUUGACUACAUAGAGUCGGAAAUUCAAGAAAUUACGAGAAACGCUCAAAAUCUAAAGACAGAUUAUCUUGCAUUGAUAGAACUGAAACUAUUAAUUGAGAAGACGCAAACGUUUUUUCAAGAUCACAGCGCUCAUAGAAAGAUAUCCGCUUCGGUUCAAGUAUAUAAUAACGAAGGGGCGAUAGGCCACUUAGGAUUUAUAGCAGGUGUCGUGGCUACUCCCAGGGUUGCCUCGUUUGAGAGAAUGCUAUGGAGAAUAUCGCACGGGAAUAUUUUCUUUAAACAGGCACAAAUUGAUCAACCACUCAAAGAUCCAGUAACAGGACAUGAGCUGCAAAAGACAGUAUUCGUUGUAUUCUUUCACGGAGAACAAAUUAAGUUAAGAGUGAAGAAAGUCUGUCACGGUUUCCAAGCAACGCUGUACCCAUGUCCGGCUACUUACAAGGAACAACAGGAAAUGAUUGCAGGAAUUGGAUCCCGAAUCAAAGAUUUAGAGAUGGUACUAGAACAGACGGAGCAGCACAGAAGGUUAGUGCUAGCCAAUAUCGGGCGAGAUAUAAGCACUUGGAUGGUGGCAGUUCGGAAGGAGAAAGCGAUUUACCACACCUUGAACAUGUUCAGUAUGGACAUUGUGAAGAAAUGCUUGAUUGCUGAGUGCUGGGUCCCUCGACAGGACCUGCACAUCCUACAGAAAGCCUUGGACAAUGGUGUGAAAGCAAGCGGCAGUCCGAUUCCAUCGAUACUACAUCAUGUACCGACCAGAGAAGUCCCACCGACAUUUAACAGAACCAAUAAAUUUACACGUGGCUUCCAAACUCUUAUUGAUUCCUAUGGAAUCGCUAGCUAUAGGGAAGUUAAUCCAGCGUUGUACACGAUCAUAACAUUCCCGUUCCUUUUCGCCGUCAUGUUCGGCGACAUGGGCCACGGUCUCAUUAUAACAAUAUUCGCCGCAACGCUCGUCAUAAACGAAAGAAACUUCGCCAAAAAGAAAACAGACAACGAAAUAUGGAACAUAUUUUUCGGUGGGCGCUACAUAAUGCUGUUGAUGGGAAUAUUCUCUAUAUACACCGGUCUGAUAUACAAUGAUUUGUUUUCGAAAUCAUUAAACGUAUUCGGCAGCAGUUGGAAGAAUGUUUACGAUCUGGACACGUUGACGAACAGGAGUAGUUUUGAUUUGGACCCGGCUGUAGCUUACACACAGACACCGUACCCUCUCGGCUUAGAUCCGGCUUGGCAGUUCGCAGCUAACAAUAUAAUAUUCCUAAACUCCUUCAAGAUGAAACUGUCUAUAAUUUUUGGUGUCAUCCAUAUGGCGUUCGGGGUAACAUUGAGUGUGGUAAACUUCAACUUCUUUAAGAAAACUGAACUGAUACUGCUACAGUAUUUACCACAAAUACUGUUUUUGCUUCUACUGUUCUGGUAUCUCUGUAUACUAAUGUUCAUAAAAUGGUUCAUGUAUUCGGCGAUAGCGACAGAUCCAGCACUGGGCACAUCCUGUGCUCCGUCAGUGUUAAUCAUCUUCAUCAACAUGAUGCUCCUGAAGCCAGCAGAAACCGCUCCUCCUUGCCGGACCUUUAUGUUCGAUGGUCAAGACGCUAUACAAAAAGCCUUCCUAGCCAUAGCCUUUUUAUGUGUGCCAGUUAUGCUCUUCGGAAAACCAGUUUAUCAAAUAAUCGCUGCUAAGAAAAAAAAGCAAUCCCAGCAAGGUGUCGAGAGUGGGGAGAUUGAACCGAGUGAGGACGACGGCGGUCUCAGUGAAGUUCUCAUCACUCAAGCGAUUCACACCAUAGAGUAUGUGCUGGGAACCGUCUCACACACAGCCUCCUACCUACGGCUGUGGGCUCUGUCUUUGGCGCAUGCGCAACUAUCAGCGGUUCUGUGGCAGCGCGUUCUUCGCAUGGGCCUUAGUGGUGGUUCUCCAGUCAAUGCCAUCAUGUUGUACGUGAUAUUCGCGGUGUGGGCGUUCUUCACUCUCGCCAUACUUGUUCUGAUGGAAGGCCUAUCGGCGUUCUUGCACACCCUACGGUUACAUUGGGUUGAGUUCAUGAGCAAAUUCUACGAUGGGCAGGGAUAUUCGUUUUUCCCGUUCUCCUUUUCGGCCAUUCUCGAAAAUGAUGAAGAAGAGGUUCCAGCCAAGCCGAACGGUAGACCACCUGAGUGACAUUACCUUGAUUCAAGCAAAAUUCAACUCGACUAUGAACAUUGCUUGGAAGUGAGACGUAUAUGGCACACGGAGCCGUCUUAUAAAUUAAAAAAUGAAUCACAAAACGCUUGAACCACAGAUUGCCUUCUUAUAUUGUAAAAAACUCAUUCGGUAUAACUUUAACACUUCAGUGCCUUCUAUUAGAUAAGUAGAAAUCAAACACUACGACUAGGAUAAAGUAUUAUAAAGUUCAAGUAAUGGAGUUUCCAAGCCGUAUUUAUAACACAAAAGUUAUUUUAAAUAUAAUCUACGGAAUCAUGUGUUCGUUUUUAAUUGUGUUCUUUGUUAUUCCUAGGAUAUAUGUAACAGAUAUCACGGUGACUUUACUGAUGGAUGCUAUGUAAGGAUUAUGUGUAAAAUUUUAUAUUUCGCUUAUAUUGAUAUGUUAUUUUUAUUAUAAUACGAAUAAUUAAACUUAAUAUAAGUAUUAUUCGAAUAGUCAUCACUCGUUUGUAGCCAAAGAUCUGUUGUAUUUCUUUUGUUUUAUUGUUGUAAUGUAAAUAUCGCGUUAUCAAAUGUCUCGUUGUUAUAAUAUCCACGGAGACCUCGAGUCUUUAACAGUCGAAACUUAAUCUAAAUCUUUGAUAUUCUCUAUACGUCACAUAAAUAUCCGAAACAAAAAAAAUUAUCGUUCACAGGACUUUAUUAUUAUUGAGCCGUCGAUUUAACUCAAGACUCACAAAACACGUAGCAUUCGCCGAGCAAUAAUUGUGAAAAAACAGAGCACUUGAUUUACAAAACAGAUAAAAAAAUAUUAUAUUAGCAAAAACAAAGCCAAAAGCGCUUUCUAUAUAGAUUGUCACAAUUAAUAUUAAGCAAUAUAUUAUGUAUAGAAAACGUUUGGACCGAAAUGUGGCCUUUAAAUAAUAUCAAUAUGAAAUAAAACGAAUAUCAGGUAGCAAAUUAGCAAAUAAUUUAUUGAAUCAUACAUUUUUACAUACAUUGAAUGUACAAUCGUGAGACAUGCUUGACCAUUCCUUAAUAAACUUUUAUUAUUC